UUCUCCCUGUCCCGCUCUCUCUCUUUCUCUCUGUCUUUGCGCCGUUACUUCGGGCCUGUUUGGGAGAAAAGAAGGAGAGAACAGUUCGGAAACUCUCCGCUCGCUGCCUCUGUCUCCCUCGGAAACCGAACUGUUCGUUCGGUAAACCGAUACGUCGGUGGUUCAGCUUCGGUUCCGAGAGGUAGAGGAGCCGCACAUCUCUCCCUCUUUGGGCUCGGCCUCAAAGCUCCAUCCGCGAGUUUCAACAGUAACAAAUCCGGAGACCCAGUGGCAACUUCAAUAGCUCGAGUCGAGUCCAACCGGCCGGACAUUCUCCUCCCAGCCGCAACUUCCACACACUAACACAUGGGGUGUAUGUUUUACUUAUGUAUAAACUCUGCAGCAGACGAGGAUCCAGAAGUCGAUGUCACACAGAUCAGAAGGCCUGCAGCGGACGAGGAUCGAGAAGUCAAUUUCCGACAGCUUAGUAGGUAUUCUUUGCAUGAGCUACAAGUUGCAACAGAUACCUUUAGCCAUAGAAAUAUUCUAGGUAGAGGUGGAUUUGGUACGGUUUAUAAAGGACGUUUAGCUGAUGGGACUCUGGUGGCUGUAAAAAGACUCAAAGCGGAGAAAACACAAGGUGAGGAGCUACAGUUCCAAACAGAAGUUGGACUGAUUACCAUGGCUGUCCACCGCAAUCUGCUUCGUCUCCGCGGAUUUUGCAUGACACAAACAGAAAAGCUGCUUGUAUAUCCUUAUAUGGCUAAUGGAAGUGUAGCAUCAUGUUUAAGAGAUCGUACAGAAGCACAGCCUCCACUUGAUUGGGAAAAAAGAAAACGCAUCGCAUUGGGAUCUGCAAGAGGCCUUGCUUAUUUACAUGAUCACUGUGAUCCGAAAAUUAUUCACCGUGAUGUGAAAGCUGCAAACAUAUUGUUAGAUGAGGAAUUCGAAGCAGUUGUUGGAGACUUUGGAUUGGCCAAACUCAUGGAUUACAAGGAUACACACGUUACCACAGCUGUACGUGGCACAAUGGGUCAUAUAGCGCCAGAGUAUAUCUCAACUGGAAAGUCGUCAGAGAAAACUGAUGUUUUUGGAUAUGGAGUCAUGCUUCUUGAACAUAACACCUCUAUUAACGGCCGCUUCUUGACCAUGGUUGUGUAAUAGGGCAGGUCACCAAUGAAGGCAAGGAUGGGCAAUCCCCAAUUUGAAUAUUGUGGGUAUGAAGACGGAAGUGAAAUGCUUAAUGAGGAUAGAGAUGGGAAUGGUGGGAUGGAGGUGAAAUGCUUAACGGGGAUAGAGAUUAUAAGUUAUAAGACACAUAAUAGAUCAUGAUUCAUGAGUUCCCAGACACCUAUUUAAGCCCUCCCUCCACAACCCCAAAAAGAGGAAAAAACAAUACACUUCUACGAAUAGCACACAUUGUUUCUUAAUUCACCCCGCAUGAAUUUUGCAUUGCUGAAGGAUUUUUUCCAUUUACAUUCGAAUCAUAGACCAUAGCUUGGCCACUAGUAAAAAUGAACCAGAAAGGAA